AUGUCGCAUGCGCCGCCUUCUCAAAGUGAUAGUGACUCAGGAAAUGGCGCCUCGAGCCGUCAUGGCCACCAGUGCCCUGUGUGUGGGCGAAUCUAUAGCCGUAUGGAACACCUGGAUCGACAUUAUCUGACUCAUACGUCUGUGUACCCAUUUGCUUGCGCCCUAUGUGGUAAGCCAUUCAAAAGGAAUGAUGUCCUCAAACGCCAUCAGCGCAACUGUAAGCCUGGUGAGACACUAAGUCGGGUCUCAAUGUCGCGUCGAGCAUCAGCCGUUCGGAGAAAAGCUUGUCAGCAUUGUGUCAGACAAAAGCGACGAUGCGAUCUGGAGUGGCCAUGCAAUACUUGUACACUGCAACGGAAGGCCUGCGAGUACCUUGAUACAGACCAACUAUCUAAUGCGAAGCAAAAGGCCAUCGAUGUUCUUCCAACCGAGUUGGAAUCUAGUCACGAGAAUACGACAGAUCCCUCCUCUUCACCGAACGCAUCAAGCUUCCACGCAGAUGGUCAAAUGGGGGCUUCGAGACCAGCUGCCCUAUCUCCGACAAGGAGUGUUCAGGUUGCGUCGAAAGAAGACUGUUUUGAAAGCUCUGGCCUCCCACUUUAUCAUUUCCUGAGACCCCCGGCGCGACCACCUGCCGAAACGCUUUACUUCUUAGCCAACUUCACCCAAGACGCCGGCAUUGUGUUCGUGUUUGAGUCAGACGCGAUACUGCUGAACCAUCAGACCCUUACAGCAUUCACGAAUUGUCAGACAUCCUUGAUUCCUUCUGUGGGGAAAGAUUCCUUGCAUUGCGUUCCUGAUGAAUGGCAUGAUGAUGAACUACUGGCAAAAACUAAUGAAAUUGUAUACGGCAUCAAAUCGUGCGCGAAAUCUGACGACUUCGGCUCAACAGGUCGUUUGUCAUGGUCCCCAAUAUUGGAAGUUAUGUGUCUCCGGUUCUUUUCCCCUAGUAAGCUACGCAUUUUCCUUGAGGCAUACUGGACGAUCUGGUCCCCCAACUGCCCUUUCAUCCACCGACCAACGUUCGACCCUUUAUCAGCGCCUGCACAACUACUUGCUGCCAUGGUGGUGAUGGGCGCUUCUCAUUCUCCAAAUCCUACUGACCGAAUCAAUGCUCGACAAUGGUAUGAGUGGGUGGAGGCCAUGGUGUUCGAUACACCCCAUUCGUCGUGUAGCAUGGCAAACAAUCUUGGGCAUCAACCUCGAAGCUCAGCGGAGCGCCGAAGUACGGUGCAGGCUCUACAAGCGGCGUUCAUUGUGUGCGUUUGUCAGAACUGGGCUGGCACGUUGUCUGCAAAGCAAAGGAUUCGCCGACAGCGAUUUAAAUUACUCAUCACGACAUUCAGAAACCUCGUGCAAUGUCAUGUUAAGCAUGACGAUCUCUCUCUACUGACCAUGCAGAGUUUCAAUUGGCAAAAGUUCGUCGAGACUGAGGAGAUGAUCCGAAUUCUCCUGUGGGUAUUCUUGCUCGACACGGCAUUUGUGGUCUUCAACAAUACGCCACCGCACCUUGCAUUGAGGGAGAUCUCCAUUGGUCUUGCAAGCAGUGAACGCUGCUUUCAAGCUGAAAGUUCUUCUGCUUGCCUCGACCAAAUCCAGCGCUGGGUGGCACGGACGGGGAACGGAAGGUCUCCGUCGAUGUACUCCCUCUUCCAACGCUUUUGUAGAUAUGAGAUGGACCAAGAUGAUAUAGGUCAUGUCGCCCAUGAGGGAUUCAUCAAUCUUUGGUGCGUUGUGUGUGCUUUCCUUUCGAUGAUCUUUUACCUCGACCCUCUAACCGUCAAUGCAUACUCGUUCCAGUCCGUCCAGCGAGGCCUGACAAAUUGGAAGUUGGUUUGGAAUCGACGUCUUCUGAACGGGGACGAACGUUACUUUGAUGUGCAGGUUACAGAUCAGCAACACCUACAAACUCCUUCAGAUGAGUCUGGUAUGUGGAGGAGACCUGGCUUUUGGAGACAUGCGUCGGAGUUUUGGCUUCUCGCUCAGCUGUAUGUGGAUCGACCGAGCCACUCUCUCAAUCACGACAAUGAUGCAGGUUUUUAUGACGAUGUGUCCAUGACUCGGAUCAAAUCGUUCAUUGCAAAGUUUGGCGAUUUGGGUCUACAGAGCUAA